UGCGUAAUGCGCAACCCACCGCAGAUUACGCAGCCUACAUUGAGGAGAUCCUAAAGUAGACCGAAUCGCUCACAGGUAGCCGCUGCUGCAGUCGUUUUGCAAGAGACAGAAAGAUAGUGAGAGAACACAUCCCGCUGUCAACUCAGUUUACAGAAGUGGGUGUGUUUGCUGUGCAGUGUCUGAAUAAAACCCGUUUGCCAGAUCUCCACAGCAUCCAAAACCGCAGCCCCGCGCACACCAAGAUGAGCGACUCACAGAGUGUCAACAAAAGGGAGAUCAAUGGAGACCCGCCGGCCCCAAACCAGGACGACAUCCCGGCAGAGCUACUCAGUCAGGUGGAGGCGUGCCUGCAGCCCUUCCAGCUGUCCCAGAGCCGCCUGGUCGACGUCAGCCAUUGGCUGAGGAGGGACCUGAGUCGGGGGCUGGGCAAGCACAGCCACAGCCGGGCCGCCGUCAAGAUGCUGCCCACCUUCGUGAGGGCCACGCCCGACGGAACAGAGAGAGGGGACUUCCUGGCCCUGGACCUGGGGGGAACCAACUUCCGGGUGCUCCACGUGAGCGUGGGGCACGAGGAGCAGAGGGUGGUCACCAUGGACAGCCAGAUCUGUGAGAUCCCUCAGGACAUCAUGCUGGGCACCGGGGAAAAGCUCUUUGACCAUCUAGCCCAGUGCAUGUCUGCCUUCCUGAACUCUAAACCAGAGCUCCAGGGGAAGACCCUCCCCCUGGGCUUCACCUUCUCCUUCCCCUGCGAGCAGAAGGAGAUCGACAAGAGUAUCCUCAUUCGCUGGACCAAAGGUUUCAACUGUGACGGGGUCGAAGGUCACGACGUGGUGCAGCUGCUCAGGGAGGCGGUCCUGAGGAUAGGGGAAUAUGACAUUGGGUCCAUUGCCAUGGUGAAUGACACAGUAGGGACUAUGAUGAGCUGCGGUUAUAGAGAUCAGAGUUGCGAGAUUGGCAUGAUCAUAGGCACGGGCACCAACGCCUGCUACAUGGAGGAGAUGAGGAACGUGAAGCGGACGGAGGGCGAGGACGGACGCAUGUGCAUCAACACCGAGUGGGGGGGCUUCGGGGACGACGGCUCCCUGCAGAGCAUCCUGACGGAGUUCGACCUGGUGGUGGACCGCGAAUCCCUCAACCCCGGUGUGCACACAUUUGAGAAGAUGAUCAGCGGCAUGUACCUGGGCGAGGUGGUGCGUCUGGUGCUAGUGAGCCUGACCCAGGAGGGCCUGCUGUUCGGUGGACAGACGUCCCCUGACCUUCUCACCCAGGGCCACUUUGAGACCCGCUACAUGUCCGACAUUGAACAGGAGGAUGUAGGUUUGGACCAGGCCCAGGUCAUCCUGACGGGGCUGGGUCUGAAGGCCGGCCCGGUUGAUUGCCGUGUGGUACGCUUGGUUUGCGACGCCAUUUCCACGCGCUCCGCCCAGCUCUGCGCUGCUGCCUUGGCAACGCUGGCCAAGCGGAUCCGGACCAACCGCGGACUGCAGCGCCUGGAGACCACCGUGGGGGUGGACGGCACCGUCUACAAGAAACACCCCAAUUUCAGCCAGAAGCUCCAGGCCGCCGUAAGGGUCCUCGCCCCCAAGUGUCACAUCAAGUUCCUGGUCUCGGAGGAUGGCAGCGGGAAGGGCGCCGCCAUGGUAACGGCCGUGGCGCAGCGGCUGGCUCGCCAGUCCCGCCUCCUGGAGGAGAGCGACGGGGAGGAGAGCGAGGAAGAGGAGGUGGAGGAAGACGAUGAAUAUAUGUAAAGGCCUCCGGGAUACAGACAGAAAAAUUUAGGAGAUAUUUGUCCUUUGCUGUUAAUAUUUGCGCUUUGUUGGUGAACUUGCUUUAUAUUCAUAUGGUUGUGGGUUGGGGUCCCGAUGGACGCCUUGCUAAAGGGCAGCAGGGCAGCUCUGGAAUAGAGAAAAGUGUGACGUCACGUUUCCAUAGCAACCGAUUUUCGGUUCUACACAAACCAAAUUAACAAGGGGUAAUCCUAUUGCACACGAACGUUUGAUAGAAAAGGAACGAUUUUUUUGCGAAUUGAUUUGCGAGUUUGCUUUACCAAUGAUGUAAGUAAUAUUGAGAUUGGGACAAUUUACCGUUGCAUUAUAAACUUUAUCU